AUGGAAGAUAGGGAAAAAGAUUUCCCCGAUAACAAGAAUAACCAGGAGCAUGAGUUACACUCCCACGAGCCAGAGGUCGAUCCAGAUGUCGAUCUUAAGACACUCGCAAAGAUGCUAUUUCUAUCGCUAUUCGUGUUACAGGCUAUGCUUCUCCUGGCUCCAAUAUACUUGCUGGAGGUGGAAAAUUAUCCUGACUUCAUGAACUUCUUUAUUCCUUUCCUAGUUCCACUCUUCAAUUCCGCUUCGCAGGGCGGCUAUUACCUUGGAUUCAAGCCCACCAUGAUCUUUGGAUUUAGCUGUAUGGCAUUGUGGUCCAUAUUGGCCUGGGUUUGCGAGCUAGUUGAUCUGACAUUUUUGCGCAAAUGGACCAUAGUCACAGUCUGGUUGUGGCUGUUCGUUUUCAUAGGGGCUAUCCACAUGACGUUUUACUAUUUCAAGAAGUUGGGGGUGAAGAAGUUGAUAGCCAUCUGUGUUUUGGGCGCAAUCUUCUCCUUUUACUCCAACAUUUUUAUUUUCAAAAACAGCAGCUACAAUGUGUUAUUGACUGUGUACUUUGUGUACUGCCUUCUGAUGGCGGGUUUGUUCUAUUUGAAAGUUCCUAACACACCUCGUUUGAGUGGAGAAACCAGGUAUACGACAAUGUGGCCACGGAUUGCUGGUUUUGUUCUUAACAUUCUCCUCAGUUUCACUAUGCUCAAUGUUCUUGCCCUCUCGAGCUUGAAUGUUGCUGUUAUGGCAUUUGUGGUUUAUCUAGGUUUGAUCUUUUAUCCCAUUUUAGGCUUGAUUGAUUUUGGACAUACGAAAUGGUUCAGGUCUGACAUCAUUGAAAGAGGACGCAGAGUUACCAGAGAGGUUCAUGAGAUUUAUUUCCCGUUUCUCGCCCACAGUGGGGUGUGGAAAGAUUGGGUGCAACACUCAUAA